AUGGAGUCACUCACUAGCCUUGUUCUUGAUGGCUGCGACCUUCAUGAGCUGCCCGAAGACAUCGGGCAGCUCUCGAACCUGGUUUCACUGAAGCUGGCCAGUAGCGACCUUGUUCGGCUGCCCGACUCGUUCGGGCAGCUGUGGAAGCUGAAGAAGUUAGUAUUCAUGGAAUGCAACAGCCUGCUUGAGCUUCCAAACUCUUUCGCUAAUCUCUCCUCCUUGGAAACCCUGUUCGUCUACGGUGGGGCUUCUCUAGUAGACCUCCCUCCGGGUUUUGAAACCCUCCAGAAGCUGCGUACACUCGACCUCUUCAACUGCGUCUUUGCGAGCCUGCCUGACAGGUUUGGGGACCUGCCGAGCCUGGAGGUGCUCAGGAUCGGGACAAAGGCAACGUACAGCAGGAAUAGGCUCGAGUCCGGCAGCGAAUCGGAUUACGGACCUGAGUUGGAAGGCGCGUGCGCCCUCCACAUGCUUCCCCAGUCCCUGGUUCGCCUCACAGGCCUGCUAGAGCUCGUGUUGGAGGGGUGUGAGAUGCUGGAGGAGUUGCCAGCAGGCAUGGGGGGGCUGGCCAGCCUUAGAGUGCUCCAGGUGAAGAAUUGCCCUCAGCUGCGGCUCUUCCCGUCGCUGCUCUCCACUCCCAUCUGUACACCUGCAGGAGAUUUUUCUACUCUCGGGACAGACCUCCCUGCUGCUGCUACUGCUGCUGCCGCUGAUGCUGCUGCUGCUGCUUCUGCUGCUGCUGCUGCUGCUGCUGCUGCCGCUGCUGCUGCCGGUGCUCCCCCGUUUCCAUCGCUGGAGCAGCUGGAGAUCUCUGACUGCCCACGCCUGGAGAACCUCCCAGAGGGCCUCUAUCUGCUGCCUAGGCUGGAACACCUCGCUCUUGAAGACUGCACCAGUCUAGAGCUCACACACCAGAGCCCCUUGCUACCACCCACAUCCCCAUCCCCACAGAGCAACACCUUUCUGCCCGCACUCUCCCCACCAUCCCCACCAUCCCCACCAUCCCCAACAUCGACCUCCUCCUCCUCCCGUCCUCUUGUUGCGCCCAUCUCCCUUCCGAGUUCCAUCAAAACCGUUAUCCUCUCAAACGUAUUCCAGUCAGCCCAGUUCCUGUCAGAGUCCCUUCUUUCCCUCAGCCAACUCACCCACUUGAACAUCUACGACCUUCCAUCCCUCCAGCAGCUUAUCGCCCCUUCCCUUGUGACCCAGUCCUCAGCCCACGCCCAAGCCACCCACGAUGACCAGUCUGAAAGAUUCGAUUCCGAUUCUGAUAUGCCGGCCAGAUUGGAUCUCUUGUUUUCUCUGCAGCAUCUUCACAUCGCCCUCUCCAACCUUCCUGCACUCCCUGAAACCGUGGGCAAUCUCAUGCAGCUGAGAGUGCUGCUGCUAGAAGAGUGCCCUGCCAUGACCUCCCUUCCCACGUCCCUCACUAGCCUCUCCAAUCUCAAACAGCUUACACUCAAUUCACUUCCUUUCCUGCCCGAGGAUGUCGGGCAGCUUAAAGCUCUGCGCGAUCUGAGUCUGGAGUCCUGCCAAUCUCUUAAAGCCCUGCCGCCCUCCUUCGCCCUCCUCUCCUCCCUCAUGCGUCUCACCAUCGCAGAUUGUCCCAAACUCACCCGCCUCCCAGAUUCCAUCUCCUCUCUCUCCAGCCUUGCAUCUCUCACACUGAAACGGCUAGCAUUCCUCCGCUGCCUCCCAUCCCCUCUCUCCCUUCCAUGCCUCAUCAAGCUCUCCCUGCAAGGAUGCAAGCGCCUGAGGGCUCUGCCCUGCGACUUGGGCAGUUUGUCCUGUCUGAGGGAGGUGGAUCUGGACGGGUGUAUACAGUUGAAGGAGCUGCCGGUGUCACUGGUGGAUCAUAGCAUGAAUGUGACAGUAGUGAAGGGUACAGGGGGAAUGGAGGAGCUGGUAGUGUGUGCCUUGUGCAGAGGGAAGUAA